AGCCAACUGCAACAGUGGAAGGUCGCACCAUUUCCACACGCCACUGGACUCGCGGUUGACAGCCAAGCCUGUCAAGCCGCGACUGUCGUGACAGUGCAUUAGGCAUGACUUACAGUUGUCACCAAGAGUUAAUAAAAUCAUUACAGUUUAGAUAGAGAACAAACAACACGCGUUUUUAUUACUUGGACAAGUCUCGUCCUUUUAAUUGUUAAUUUAAUUAUCUUUGUGCCCGCGUACCACCUCGGCCACCGUGGAUACGUUUGGGGCUACAAAAGUGGCGACUCGGUGAUUGUUUUGACCGAGUUUUCUCGGUCGAAAUUUCGCCCACGCGGAAAAGUUUUCUCCGGGGAAGAUCCGGACGCGAGAUGGACGGUGCGUCCUCCAUGGACCAGCAGCCGGCGGGUCAGCAGCAGCAGAUGCCGGGCGGCGUUGCGCCAGUGGAGCAGCAGCCGGUGCCGGACGGGCAAGUCGCGGCGGGGCAACAGCAGCAGGCGUUCAUCCGUUCUCCUCUCCAUCCUACACCAGAACUUCAACGCUUGCUGGAACAACAGCGAGGUUAUGUGGACGAGAUGUUUCGGCAGCAACACGAGGUGGUCAAACUUCAGCUGGCACGGAUUAAGCAGCAGCAGCUGGAAUUUAUGCAGCGCCAAGGCCACAUUCUGCGAAACAUCGUCGCGGCGGUGAACGAGCAGGUUUCGUCGCACUCGGAGGCUCAGAAGUGCGCAAAAAUGAGCCACACGGUGGGCAACUGCAGCAGCGAGGAGGUUAGGUUCGAGCAGCCGGAAAGCAACAGCGCCAGUUCGAUCGAUGAGGGUGUCAACACGGGUAGUGAUGGAGAUCGCCGUAAGUUUGUGCCGAUUGUAAACAACAAGUCGGCUCGUGUAAAUCUUGACACGGGAUCUGCCACCAAAGCAUCGACCGGAACGUGGCCGAAAGUCGGCUGUCAGCCGAUAUCAACAUCCGUAGCGGAAGCGGUUGCUGCCCAGAUGCUGGAGGUUGACGGGAAGUUUUACUACGAGAUGACCGUCGGCGGGUGGACAUUCGUUGGUCUGGCCCGGGCGACGCGAAAGCAGUUGUUUGGUUGCGACACGACUGACGGUUUCGGACCGUCGCAGGCGGUGAUGAAGGUGGACUCCGGCUGUUUGAGCAGUUUCGUCGACAGAGAGCUGGCAGCGGACGUGGUACCUGGGUUCCGGAGUGCGGAACGCCGAACAACCGCAAAGUAUCGACCCCUGGAUGAAGUGCUGAGCCAGCUCAAGCAAGAUCUGUUCUUCUCACCCGUGGCCAGUCCGGAGCGUUCUCUGAUUGUGCGGGAGGAAGGUGAGCGGCUCCAAGGCAAGUACAAAUCUCGUCGCCAGUACAAACAUCAACAACCAGGCACGACGGCAGUGUUGGAAGCGUCGCAGCAGCUGACUGAACCGAAGCUGGCUGGACCGUGGAGAAUUUCUGGUCUCCUUGAUGACCUCGAGGAACCGCUAGCAGUGCACAAGAACGAGGCGGGGAGGAGCAUCACCACAAUCCAAAUGCAAGUGCUGGUAGUCUGUCCGAAGGCGUACGGUAGCAUACCGAACCGACAGGGUGUCGGCUGUGCUUCGCCUUCUGAAGCGAUUUUGGAGCGCAUUCGAACAAAAUUGGAAUUUGAACCGCCACCAUCAACAACGUCAUCAGCUCUUGCAAGCGAGCGAACGAAGCGAACUCGAAUGUUUGCGCGACAUGAUUCGGUGUAUUCGAAGUACACUGACAGCAAGAGGCAGUGGUCAACAGGUGUGGACUACGAUCGAAGCAACAUGGUGAGGGACGACCGACGACAGAUUGAACCACAUGCUGCCCAGCCACGCAGUCCUGCCGAUUGGGAUCCAGGACCAGGAACUGUGAAGAUAGCGGUCGCAGCGGCCGGGGAAACUGGAACGUUUCUUGGGCUCGGGCUCUGGCUGUCUCAACAACCUCUUACCAACAUCACGAUCACCCCAGCAGUCCGUGUCGUCAAGGAACGGACCUGCGCCAUCGGUACCGGUGCCAUGCUGUUCUUCAAGGUUGAAGGAAUCUGCAGUGGUUCGACCCGUACCAGUUCAAUUAAAGCGGGGGGAUGUUGGAGCCAACUGCAACAGUGGAAGGUCGCACCUUUUCCACACGCCACUGGACUCGCGGUUGACAGCCAAGCCUGUCAAGCCACGACUGUCGUGACAGUGCAUUAGGCAUGACUUACAGUUGUCACCAAGAGUUAAUAAAAUCAUUACAGUUUAGAUAGAGAACAAACAACACG